CCGCAAGACGCGUGAGCUUGGUUUUACGCACAGUCCAAAACGCGAAUGUCUGCGUAACUAUAAUUAGGUGACAGUUCUACAGUUGAAGUUAAUGUAUCUGGAAAUCGCCUGCGCCCUCGUAGGCUACUGCACUCUGUUUUAUGCGGAGGAGGGGCAGCAUCUUCUAGCAAGGCAAGGAGGGCGAAACAACCACGUCACUCUUUCAAACUUGAAAAUUGCCUCCGCUUACAUCUUAUAACAUCCUGUUCCCAAAUUUACUCUGGAGUUCAAAGAUUUUCUGAUACGCCUCUUCAAAUGAUGCCAGGAUUCCGACUAAACUUGGCUCCACUAAAGGAACCCCUGGGUUUCAUUAGGAUCCUAGAAUGGUUCACUGCUGUUUUUGCCUUUGGAAGCUGUGGGGGCUAUUCUGGCCAAAAUGUGAUCUCCCUCGACUGUACUGACGGAGAUAACACCACAGAGGCGGUCAAUCUGACGGCAGAAUUCUUUUACCCCUUCAGGUUAAGCCAGGGGCUGCUCAUCGAGGCCAACACCUCGCUAUGCAACCACACCAUCCCAGAGACGCGUCUGAUUGGCGACGCCGCGUCCUCGGUGGAGUUCUUCGUGGGCGUGGCAGUGAUGGCCUUCUUGUACUGCAUGCUGGCGCUCGUGGUCUACCUGGGCUACAUGCACGUCUAUAAGGACUCAAACUUCGGACCCAUGCUGGACUUCUUGGUGACGGCGUCGUUUGCCUUCCUGUGGCUGGUGAGUUCGUCUGCGUGGGCCCGCGGCCUGGGGGUGGUGAAGGAGUCGGUCAGCCUGGAGGGCAUCAGCGGUAGCCUGGGCCUCUGCGAUGAGCCCCAGGUCAACUGCCAGAUCACGGAGGCUGCCAACACCCGCAGCCUCGACAUUUCUGUGGUUUUCGGUUUCCUGAAUCUCGUCGUGUGGAUAGGCAACGCCUGGUUUGUGUACAAAGAGACACAGUGGCAUUCCAAGAAGGCUGCAGGACAGCAGGGCCGGGCGAGCCAGGCCGGGAUUUAGGCAGGACAGGGGCCCCCUUUACUCACUCCCCCAUCACCAUACCUGCUCCUCCUCCUCUGGUCAACGGCCCCUGGCCAAGACACCAUAUGGACAGGAUGGGGGCCGUCAUGGUCAUGUAGAUACAGUUUGUCUAUGGAGGCCCCCCCUCUACCCUCCCCUGAGCAGGGGCCACUACUCGCCACCUUACCCACACCUCUCUCUCUCUUUUUCUCUCUUUCUCUCUCUCUCUCUCUCUCUCUCUCUCUCUGCUCAGGAACCCUCUCACCACAUUCUCUCAACUGACUUCAACAUAAAUAUGUGAAAAAAAUCCACAGAGUGUGAUGCCAGCUUGGUCAAAACCAGCUCCUCAUAGCACACUGCAUUUCACACAGCAUGCCUGGCUGUGGUUCCGUAGACAUGUCCCCAAUAUUGAUAUGAGUCUUGCUGGACCAGUCGUUGAACAGGGAUAGUGAUCAAGAGUUCAUAAUGCUUACAUGUGUGCUAUAUUUGAAUGGUCACUCCCUCUGUUUCGCUGGUUGGUUUUGCAAGUGUCACAGAUGCCAACUAGCACAGCUGGACGUGAAACUAGGGCUGUAAAUAAUUAUCGAUAUGUAUCGAUGCAUCCAUCCUACGGCAGACAAACGAAUCGAAUCAUAUCGUUAGGCAUUCUUAAGUAAAGUAAAUAAUCGAAUCGCUGGCCCCUGCCUAGCUCCAUAACAUAAUAGAAGUGGAAAAGUAAUUGGGAAAAAAUCGAAUCGUAUCGUGGGGCAUUCUUAAGUAUCAAAAAUAAUCGAAUCACUGCCUUAAGAAAACGAUAUUGAAUCGUAUCGUUAUGGAGGCUGUGAUUUACACACCCACAUAGAACGUAACCAAUAAGAGUAAAUUCUAACACAUUAUGCAACUUUAUAUGUACUCUCAUUGAACGUAAUGUAAACUUCCAUCCCGACAUCAGGUGCACUAUUGACUGAGCCAGUAGCACAGUUGCAUCAAACAUCCCUUGACAAUGAAUUAGUUGAAAAGUCUCUUCUCUUGCAGUAUUGUUCCUUUGCACCACCAUAACUUACAUGCUAAAGGAAGGAUGCAAUAAAUACACAUGAGGGGUUUCAAAUCUGGGAAAGUGGAAAGGCAACUGGAGCAUUUUUCCAAAGUUUUUUCUAACGUUGGCGUGUUUGAUACACCCUACUGGAGGCAUGAGGCUCGAGGAACAGGCUAGAGGCAUGUUCAAGACAGUGACGUGGUUUAAGCAGAGACGUUUUUUUGGGACUAAGAAAAUGUUUGGUUUAGACUUCGGCACCGUCUUUUCUGGCGUAGACCAGUACCAAACUGAGGGAGGCGGGUUAACCAUGCCAUUUGGGAAACAUUAUUCAUUAUCUUCUUGGUCAGACCAACAUAUUAGUAGGAGAUUUGAAAGUCGAUGAUAACCAGGCUACGCCUGGACUGCGCAAGAUCAUGUCAAUGGAACCGUAGCUACAAUGUAGCCAACCAUCUGUAUGAAAUGCUGUAUGUAAUGAGAGUCUGGUUCUACCAGGCCUGUGCCAUGUCACAUGCCAUUAUUACUUUAUCAUUACAUUACACUUAUCUGAUAUUUUAAUACAAAGCGGAUGCACCAUGGACGGAGGUGUAGGUAGAGGUCAGAUAGGCUUCGAACCUUGAAACCUUCGAACUCCCAGAUUGAAAGACCAACUCCCUAACCACUAGGCCGUGGCUCCCCCAUGUUACCCAUUUGUAUGUGUGGCCCACACAGGUGAUUUCGCUAACAGGUUGGUCUACCUGCUUGAUGAUUUGUGUGCUGAUUUACAUGAAUUGAGUAACUUAAGCAGAUAGUUAGAUUUCAAAAUACCGGUACUGAAUGAAGGAAGCAAAGGACAGCACUCUUCAGAUUUUUCUGUGUUUAUUUGCCCACGAACGUUUUGGGCAGAGCCCUUCAGCGUGUAAUGGCGAUUGCCAAAAAUCUGAAGAGUGCUGUCCUUUGCUUCCUUCAUUCAUUUAUGGUUUAGGCCUAUGUGGGAUUCAGCACCCUUUUAAGAACUGUGAGAACCAUCAGGCGAUAGUGUGAGUGUGUCUUCUUCACUUUAAAAAAAAAAUACCGGUACUGACAUGGUUUUAACGUAAAUACGGGAUCUUCCCCUCUCUCUCUUUCGUUUGUCCCAUCCUCUAUGUUUCCCAUCCUACUUUUUAUUUUAUUUUUACUGCUCCUCUGUUCAACAACUUUUAGUUGUUUUCUUGUCCUGAAGUAUGGUAAUUUCCGGGACAUAUUAUUUUAUGCAUUUGCUUUUUAAAAUCACUACAAUUUUUUUUCCAAUGAUGAUGAUGAUGUUGUGUGUGUGUGUGUGUGUG